UGGUGCUGCCCACUGAGGAGUGGAAUGCACCUGGACCUCACUUCCUCUUGAAGACGUGCAUUGAAUUAAGAAAGCAGUUGCAGGGGGUUUGGAUUGGGAGUGAUGGUGGCUGGGGAAACAUGGAGAGGCCAGAGAGAGCCAUACUUGUAAAUUGUGCUAAGGAGAAGAACGCUGCCUAAUACGUCCUUUUUGGCCACUAGAGGCCCCUAUCAUCCUCUAUGAGGAGUGCCCUCAUUGCCCUUUCCAUCAUGGCCGCCUGGAGUGGCCUGCUCGCCGCUCAUAACGCAUGCGCAAUGAUUACAAACAAAUGUUUGAAAGAAAUUUACCGCGAGACUGUUAAAAUUAUGAAGCCUGUCCGGGGAUCGGAACGCGCCUCCUCCAAGGCACCUAAAGGCAAGAAGACAGGCGAGAAGCCAAAUAAGCCCGGUAUAAAGACACGUCAACGGAGAGUAUCUCAGGAGGAGCCCCAGCCAGGAACCAGCAGCCAGAUCCCUCAGCCAAAACCACAGAAGAAGAAGAAAGGUGGCACAGUUGCAAGUCCCAGGAAGCUGAAAGGUCAGGAGAAGUGGAAACCGCUGACCAAGUCCUCCAUUACGGCUCUAGACAACAUACUGGGACUGUCUAUACUGUCUGUUCUGGCCGGAAGACGGACUAACAAAGAGGAAUCGCAGAAACAUCUGAACAUUGUGAAAAACAGGUUCCUGUCUAAACUGGCUCAACUGUCAGUCCCAAUUCAGAAACAGGAAAUUAUGAGUCAUUCUUCUCGUCAACACCAGGAAGAGACGAGGAAGUCAGCCGUUGGCAAGAAGAUCCUCAACAAGCUGGUGGCGGAGCUGGGUGCUGUGGUGGGCUCUCUAGAACAGCUAGAGAAGGAGAGAGACUCCCUGGAGCACCAGUGUUUUAACCUCAGACAACAACUGGAGCAGCAGGAGGAGAGUAACCAACAGAUCCUCCAGUUGUCAGAACAAGGAGUCCUGCGUCUCCCCCCUGUACCUCAGCGCAAAGACAGACCUUUACAGGAGCAGAUGGUGUGUCUGGUUCAUAGCAGACACUCCGUCACCACGGCCCGUCGCCUAGCCAAGACCCUCCAGACAUCAGGGCCGGUCCAGGAUGCCCAGACCCUACUGGAACGAGCCUACAGACACGCUGACCGCCUGAUCACUCCACCUACAGCUGUCAGCCAAUAGCAGGACUCCACCUACAGCUGUCAGCCAAUAGCAGGACUCCAUCCAGCCUGGUUGGCCAAUAGCAGGACUCCAUCCAGCCUGGUUGGACAAUAGCAGGACUCCAUCCAGCCUGGUUGGACAAUAGCAGGAUUCCAUCCAGCCUGGUUGGACAAUAGCAGGAUUCCAUCCAGCCUGGUUGGACAAUAGCAGGAUUCCAUCCAGCCUGGUUGGACAAUAGCAGGAUUCCAUCCAGCCUGGUUGGACAAUAGCAGGACUCCAUCCAGCCUGGUUGGACAAUAGCAGGAUUCCAUCCAGCCUGGUUGGACAAUAGCAGGACUCCAUCCAGCCUGGUUGGACAAUAGCAGGACUCCAUCCAGCCUGGUUGGACAAUAGCAGGACUCCAUCCAGCCUGGUUGGACAAUAGCAGGACUGUAUUAGCUAUAUAUAUAUAUAUAUAUAUAUAUAUAUAUCUAUCUAUGACUAUGUAUAAGCCAUUUGUUAUAUGGCUCUAGCAUGGGCUUUGCACGGACCACCUGACUUUAACUGCUACAUAGUUAACAUUGUAUUCUGUAUUGGGAGGAGCCCCAUUUGUUCAUAUCUGUAUGUAUUUAUUUUUUUCCUAAGUGUUUUGUCUUUUAGCUGUAGAUGAUAAUUAAAAACCUGUAGAAGUG